GAAGCCAUGCGAUAGCCAAUCGACUUGUGCAACUUUUCUGUAAGAACAACAUUUGCGCAUACGUUUCUCUUGCGAAUGAAUUCAAGACGUGAGCCCGAUAUCGCGGGCUACUUUCCAUUUCACGCAUCAUUUAUCCUUGUUACACUCGAUGAACAACAAUAGGGCUAGGGUAACAUUCCAUGGUACGUAUUUUCCGCGUAACCAAUCAGAAGAGAGAGCGUUUCGCAUUUUCUGUUACGCAUAUUCGAGUUCGACUGUUGCGCUUACCUAGCAGCCCCGAACAGAACCCUUCAAGUCGUGUAAAAACACAGUCGCUACCCAUGACGAAUUCACGUUUGUGAUUGGUUACAAGUUGGUUACGUGGUUAUCCGUUACGCCGUUACGUGGGAAAAUACCAUACGUCUCACGGCACGACCCUGACGGAUAUGGAUUUCUUUAUGCGUGACCACCGUGACUGAACGACUGAAGUGGACUGAAGUUUAAGCUUACGGACGCGGACGGAACACGGAAGUUCUUAAUUGUCAGUUCUUGUGCGGAGCGGCCUACGAUUGUUGAUGCCUACAGAAGUGCACAGCCGCAUACAGUCUACGAAAUUGUUUUUAUCUAAUGCAGAUGGUACUCAUCCCAUUGUACAACGUAUACACGUAUACUACGUAGCCGUUCUUGAUUACGGAAAAUAUAUAUUAUAUGUAGCAGACCGACGGAGAUAGGUACCGGGGGACGACGUGUAUGUACAUUUACAAAUCGUUUUACGACGGAAGAGUUUGAUAAAAAGCUUUGGUCAAGAAGAUUUAAACAAGUUCAGUGUCACGUGUCGGCGGUGACCGAAAGCGAGAUUUACUUCUUUCGAAAGGCCUAUUAAUCCUGCGAAAAUAUAUACGUCAACAUUACAUUAUUAGUCUUUUUGAGGAUAACAAUAAAGAUACAACAAUAUGUUUCUUUAAAUAUGGAUCAUGAGUACAGCCAGUAUAAAAUCGUCGAUAUAGCCACGUUUAACCGAGAUGUGACAAAUGUGAUGUUAAAAGAACAUAUUAUAUACAAAGUAGAUAUGGCAAAUGCAACUGUUAACAACGCCGAUGUCCUAGAAAAAGUGGAUGAUACGUACCUUGUUGAAUUAUAUAGAGAAAGAAGAUUUUUGUAUGAUAAGAGUCAUCCAGACUUUAAAGACAAUGAAUUAAAAAGUAAUGCCUGGAAGGAGAUUUCAUCAAUCAUGAGAGAUAAGAACCUUGGAACGUUUUAUACGGCUGAAUAUUGUAAAAGGAGGUUGACAAAUUUGAGAGAGCAAUAUGUGAGGUUAAAAAAAGAACAAACGUUGAAAAGCGGAAGUAUAGCUUGUAGCAAAAAGAAAUCUGCACUUUUAUCUGAAUUGUCCUUUCUAGAUGGGUACAUUCAAAGAAGACGAACUCUGACAAGCAUGAAAAAAAAUAAUGGAAGAAUACCUGCUUUUUCAUUUGAUAAGAAUGCAACUAAAUGUCCAGAAACAAAUGUCACAGAAAGUAUAAAUUUGAAUAAAAGAACUUAUAAAAAAAUUUUACCACGUCCAAAUAAUAUCGGAGACGACUUGACUAAAAAUCUGUACGAUCAAACGCCAUCCAAAAUAUUAAAACAAAGUGCUACCUCAAAAAAAAAUAAUGAGCAGCAGCAGCAGCAGUUUGAUGUUGGUUCUGCAUCUGUAGAACACGCUUUUGCAAAAUUUAUUGCUCUUUCUUUGCAAAGGAUGGAAGAGCCGGAACGCAGUAUAAGGCGAAACAAAAUAUUUCACGACCUCACAGCACCACUGGAGCACGUACAAUCUGGACCUUGCAAUAAAAAAUCACCUGCACGCAGUAUGGUAUCCGGUAUAGCUGUAACAAAAAAUACACAUCCGAUUAGAGUUACACACGCUGCCCUAGCAUGGAAUAGUGUCAAAACAGGAAAAAGUGAGAUUAAAGAAUUUACGAUUCACAAUACGAGCAAUAACAAGAUUGAAAUUCAAAUAGACAUAUGUGACGACAAUAAGAGUUUUAAGUUUAUUGGAGAUAAACAAACUAUCAACACAAGCAUGGUAUUGACAAUGCGACAUCAAGAAAUUAAGACACUUGCAGUCGCGUUCAAUCCGCAUUGCGUAGGCCCAGUAGUUGGAAAAAUUACCAUCAAACAUUAUACGAAAGAAAGUAGUGAUCCUCAAUCUCAACAGUACACAAAAAUACCUCUGUAUGGAUACGGUGGCUGCAGCAAAGUAAAAAUCGCGGGUACAUUUAAAGAUUUGAAUGGAAAUAUGUGGUUGUCACUUGGCACGUUGUAUUCUGAAACUACUUUGAGCGCAAAUAUUAGAUUGGAUAAUGUUGGUGACUUACGUUCAUUCGCCAAGAUCACAGUUAUACCAAAAGUUACUUUUUCAACAAACUCCAGUUGGCAUAUAAAUCCGAAGGAAGUGAUACUUAAUGCUAAAGAAUCUCAGCAAAUAGCAAUACAGUUUCAUCCGAAGAAAGAAGACUUUGCGUUCGUGCAACAUUCGGAAGUCUCGCACAUCGCAACGAUAAACAUCACCUAUGGUGAUGAACCGACCCGCUGGCGAAUACGCAGUGUGUGUGACAAAAUAAAGCCAGAUGAACUGACUAAAAAUGAAAAUGAGGACGUCAUUUCUAUUGUGUUUCCCAUAUGUAAAAGUUUUCCUGGGGAGCAACUAGUUCCUGGCAUAGCGUCACUUGGCGAUUCUAUUCAAAAUCUAAGCGAUCUGUGCAGCGGCGUUCAUCAAUCUGAGAUAAUGCUCACAGUGGAAGCAUGCACGGAUGAUACUUUACCUGUUCACGAUACUGCUGACGCGGAGAUAUCUGUAACAAGCGACACUAUUCGUGUAGACGAAGCGGGUGGAGUCUGAUUUCUCAGCUUUUAGGGAACGUUCGACUUAUAAUUAGAGAUUUUUUGUCAAAAAAAUAUUUUGCAGAGCUACGAUAGAAGACGAACGCCAACAUCCUGACGUACAAGAUCAAUUUUCUGUACGUCCGUCUACCAUUCGUACUCCCUCCGGUACAUAAUGAAGCAACCCGCAACCGUGACCGUUAGCUUUUUCAAAGCAGCCGAGCCGUUCUGGACCAGUCUGUCAACGUCAGAUUAUUUCAGUGUUGUUCCCGUAAAAGAAAUGUUGCCCAGCGAAAAGAGUUUGAGCUUUCCUUUAAAGAUACACGGUUCACAGAGAUUAAAACGUAAUAUGGAUGAUACUAUACUUGAGAUUUACACAAAGAAUACGAAACACGAUGUGUUGAUUAAAGUUGUGAGGCAAGAGUACGCUUGAUCAGAAUAUUUAUUUAUGUAUCUUACGUAGUUACUGUACGUGAAGAGGAAAACAAUAUUUUAUUAAUAUAAAACCACGUUGGAUAGAGCGUCCUACUUUUACAUAUGAAAAAAAAAAGAGAUAUAAAAAUACGCGCUCUCCACCCUGUGAGUAUUAUUUAAAAGCUAAAACUCUUACGUCUGUACACAUACACACGUACGGCUGAAAGAUACAAGGAAAGUGCAGCGAAUAAAGAGCAUGUAUUUUUAUUUCGCUUUUUUUCUCUGCAUAGACGCAAGUUUUGUUUAAAAGCAGAUAACGUUGAAUCUGAUUCUGUGCAGGCAGGGAAGUGGCAAGCCUCCACACUCCACACCACACCCACAUCCACCGUCAGAGAACUUGUUAGAGCUGUCGCAGUUUAGAAACAAUUCCCAUCGACGUCAUCACGUUAUCUAACACGUGAUUUUUGUAAAAAAAAAAAAAAAAAAAAAAAAAAACUAACGCACGUCUGUUGAGAGUUGAGAGAAGAUGAACGUUGGGCACAAAUGCAAAAAAUAGACACGCGUCAAAACAAUUACACGUUCACAUUUCGUCGUUUUCUAGGUUAGACGUCUAGGAACACGACAAACGGAACGGUUGGCGUUACGUGUAUUUAGUUACUAAUAGAAGGAUUUUACGUUAAUGUUGUUUACGUAAGAAAAAUAGCUCAAGAAGACAGGACUUGUGUAUAUGCGUAGACGAUAACCGUAAACAACGUAAACAAAUCAACAUAAACAUAUCUGCUUCGAUGCUGCACUGCUGAGCUGAACUAGUGCACACUGGUGCACGCAGUAAGUUGGAGUGAAAACGUUUUACGUCGCUGGGUCGUAGUAGUAGUCUGACUUACCGACCUAACCGAUCUGCGUUACCCGCUUGAUCGAUAAUAAUAAAUACGCGCGCGCGUUCAUCGAAAGAUUAUUAAAAAUUAAAAAUAUAUAUUUAUAAUAGGUAUUCUCACAGAUAGCGUCGAUGUAAGCAUAGCGUAACACAGAUAAACGUAUAUGAGGAGACGGCAAAAACGUAAGGACGGAGUCAUUUAUUAAACGUAAAAACUUGAAA